ACCGGCACCUUGUCGCGUACGCAGGCUUCCAGAUCAGACGGCUUGUCCGUAUCCACUCUUUUGUCCCCGAACUCCAACGACCGCGACUCGUCCCGUCCACCGUACACAGUCACAGCACCCGUGAGGGACGCCGCAGCGUUGACGACCGCCGCCGAAUCACCGUUACCCCCAUCCUUCUCGUCUCUCUUCUUCCCGUCUGAGGAACCCGUCGAGGCGCGCAACAAGCCCAACGGGCCCAGACAGCGCGACGCACCGCCUGCAUUUGCACCAGCACCUCCUUUCACCGAGUCUGCAUCCUCCGCAGCUACUGUUGCCGCGAUCAAAGCCGUCCUCCCGCGCGACACCAAAGGCAGCUCCAGCAGCAAGGAUAUUGACGACGGAGAACCUCCGCCUCCGUACACCGAAGGAACCAGCCCGCUCGACUCGUUUACCUACGUCAUGGCAUCUGCAGGAGGUCCAGCGAGUAUCAUUACUCAGGUCUCACAGACCAGCCAGGGUCCCCCAAUCAAUGCCCUUGGUGGAGGCUCAGAUGAGAACAUCACUUUGGAAUUGAGAGGAACUCGCUUCACGUUGUCACGCGAUGAGCUCCUGACGCUGCCUGAAUUCGUCCUUCUCUCCUUGUUCCCCAACGGCCUUCUUCCUGAUGGCCACAUGAACUCGUACCAUGAUGGCGACGUGUAUCCAGUCGACGUGGGUAAUCCCGAUCCCUCCCCUCCUCACUCCGCCAUGGGCACACUAGCCAAGAUCAUGUACCACCUCUCCACCCCCGCGAUAUACUUAUCUGACAAUCUUUAUCCUUCACAGUACGACCCGAAUUCUCUACAGUACAUGCUCGAGUUCUUCCGCCAUGUAGCUCAGACCAUCCCCGCGUCGCCUCCCUCGCCGACUGCUGCUCCCGAUCACGCUGCGGAAGCAGUCCCUAUCGAGCCCAUGCACGGCUCCGCAAGAGACAUGCUGCAAGACCGUGCCGGUAUUAUUGUUCUUCGCGAGGAUUUGGAUUUCUACGUUAUCCCACCGCACCGCGACGUUGCCCAACCUGAAAUGAUUGAGAUCAAGCGUGCGGCAGGCGAGGCGCUGUUGAGGCAAGAGGGUAUCUUCUCGGGUCUGAGGAAGAGCGAGGAGCCCGGAACCACAGAACAGCACCUGAUUGAGAUGCUGACUGCAGGCGGCUUCGACCAUGACGAUCACUGGGGUCACCGCGCUGGAGAGCCCAACAAGGCUGUAAUCUGUAGUAUUGCUCUUGCACGCCUCAGGACCGACAUCAAGGGUAACGACCUUGCUAACAGCAACGCCGUCGGUAUGGCUCAGAAACUUUUGCUCUUCUGGAGGAAACCUGCUCGUCGAUGCUGGUGGGAAGGCGUUGAGCUUGAUAACGUUCGUGGUGUCGAAGGCAAGCUUAAGGUGUGGAUAAGAAGGGUCUGGACGCUCGAGAUGGUAUGUUGA